UUUCCUCCUUUUUCGGCGUAUCACGUGUGGUUAAUAAUUGAAAUUUUCUGAUCUAUAUUUCCAAAUCAUUUACACGUCCAAUGUCAUUGCUACAUCUUCGCCCAAAGCAAUUUAGGUAAUGCCUUUUUUGUCUCUACCGGAGCUGUGUACAUAACUCCGCUGGAAUUGUUUUCUCCCCGAGCUUCGAGCAUCCAGCCAAUGCCUAGCGAUUCUACAAGGGCUGCAUAAUUCUGUGCACUCAACUACCACCUCUUCACAACAAAACGGUAUAGAGUUGAUGAUUUAGCCCCAAGUUACUGAAUUAGAUAAAACAAUCCUCAAACAUCAUCAUGAACAAAUUCAUUAAUUGCUGCAAAAUCACGAUCAACGCUUCCUAUGUAUUUCACACCUCACCGGUGAAUCAUAAUACUCUUGCUAAAUAUUUUUCAAGUUCAUCAUCCAGGAUGAAAUUAGUUAGUUUUCAAUGGGAAGAUCCUCUGAAUUUAGACUCUCAAUUAACCAAUGAUGAAAAAGCGCUACGAGACUCUUUUCACAAUUUCUGUCAAGAGAAACUAAUGCCUCGCAUAUUGAAUGCAAAUCGUAAAGAAGUUUUUGACCGAAAAAUUAUGAAUGAACUCGGAGAAUUUGGUGCCCUCGGGGCGACAAUCAGCGGUUAUGGUUGCGCUGGGGUUUCAUCUGUAGCAUAUGGGCUUCUUGCCAGGGAGAUUGAACGUAUUGAUAGUGGAUAUCGCUCUGCAAUGAGUGUUCAGUCAUCGCUCGUCAUGCAUUCCAUUCAAGCCUACGGGAGUGAUGAGCAGAAAGAAAAGUAUUUACCCAAACUUGCUACAGGAGAGCUAGUCGGCUGUUUUGGACUUACCGAACCGAACGCAGGCAGUGACCCAGGAGGUAUGGAAACUAAAGCAAAAUAUGAUAGUAGCACCAAGUCAUACAUAUUAUCUGGAUCUAAAACAUGGAUCACCAACUCUCCUAUUGCAGAUAUUUGUAUUGUCUGGGCUGUGUGUGAUGAUAAAAAAGUCAGAGGUUUUAUUGUAGAGCGGGGGACCAAAGGUUUAGAAACACCCAAAAUCGAAGGAAAAUUUGCCUUAAGAGCAUCUGUAACUGGCAUGAUACAUCUGGAUCAAGCUAGAGUCCCUGAACAGAACUUACUACCUAAUGUGGAAGGACUUAAGGGUCCAUUCGGUUGUCUGAACAAUGCUAGGUACGGCAUAGGAUGGGGUGCUCUAGGCGCUGCUGAAUUUUGUUUCCACACAGCAAGACAGUAUGUCCUCGAUCGCCACCAGUUCAAUCGCCCUCUUGCAGCCAAUCAGAUUAUUCAAAAAAAACUUGCAGAUAUGUUAUCGGAGAUUGCUAUUGGACUCCAAGCUUGCAUCCAAAUUGGUCGCUUGAAAGAUUCCGACAAAUUAGCAGUUGAAAUGAUUUCUGUGCUAAAGAGGAAUUCCUGUGGAAAAGCCUUGGAAAUUGCAAGGACAGCACGAGAUAUGCUGGGCGGUAAUGGUAUUUCAGAUGAAUACCAUGUAAUUAGGCAUGUUAUGAACCUGGAGGCUGUAAACACUUAUGAAGGUACUCAUGAUGUUCAUUCUCUAAUUAUUGGUCGUGCCAUCACAGGAAUCCAGGCUUUCAAAUAGUUAGAAUAUAUACUGAAAAUCAACUCUGGCCCUCACUCAGGUAGAUUGUAGUCGUAUCUCAACAAUGAAAAUGAGAUUCAAAUCAACCUAAAAUGUUUAUCGAUGCCUGUAUCUCUUUUUAUUGUUGAUCAAUGUUUCACCGGAGACGGAGGGACUCCAAACUGCCUAAAA